AUGGCCGCUAAAUCAGACGGGAGGCUGAAAAUGAAGAAGAGCAGCGACGUGGCGUUCACCCCGCUGCAGAACUCGGACCACUCGGGCUCGGUGCAGGGAUUGGCUCCGGGCUUGCCGUCGGGGGGCAGCAGCGGGGCGGGCUCGGCGGCGCUGUGCCUGCGCCUGGGCAGGGAGCAGCGGCGCUACUCACUGUGGGACUGCCUCUGGAUCCUGGCCGCCGUGGCCGUGUACUUCGCGGACGUGGGUACGGACGUCUGGCUCGCCGUGGACUACUACCUGCGCGGCCAGCGCUGGUGGUUCGGGCUCACGCUCUUCUUCGUGGUGCUCGGCUCGCUGUCGGUGCAAGUGUUCAGCUUCCGCUGGUUUGUGCACGAUUUCAGCACCGAGGACAGCGCCACAGCCGCUGCUGCCUCCAGCUGUCCGCAACCUGCAGCCGAUUGCAAGACGGUGGUCGGCGGUGGGUCUGCAGCCGGAGAAGGCGAGGCUCGUCCUUCCACGCCGCAAAGGCAAGCAUCCAACGCCAGCAAGAGCAACAUCGCCGCGGCCAACAGCGGCAGCAACAGCAGCGGGGCUACCCGGGCCAGUGGCAAGCACAGGUCUGCGUCCUGCUCCUUCUGCAUCUGGCUCCUGCAGUCACUCAUCCACAUCUUGCAGCUCGGGCAGAUCUGGAGAUAUUUCCACACAAUAUACUUAGGUAUUCGAAGUCGACAGAGUGGGGAGAAUGACAGAUGGAGGUUUUACUGGAAAAUGGUAUAUGAGUAUGCGGAUGUGAGUAUGCUGCAUUUGCUAGCCACCUUUCUGGAAAGUGCUCCACAGCUGGUCCUGCAGCUCUGCAUUAUCGUACAGACUCAUAGCUUACAGGCCCUCCAAGGGUGAGUGCCAUGAAGCAAGGAGUACAGGAAAAGGCCUAUAACAUGGAAGGCGCUCAAAAGGCCUCUGACUGAAGGAUGCUGGCAGAUUUGCACCAUCUUCAGAAGCUACUUCAGUUUGUAUUGGCUUUUCAGUUGGACUAGCCAAUACAGACUGCUCACAAGUUCCUGUGGGAUGUCAUAGUGUUAUUUUAUAUAGACGAAAAGACACAAUAUAAGUUCCCCUCCUCCAAAUACCAUAUUUGUAAAACUUCUACAUAUUUGGAAUUUUUAAAAUAUUAACCUUUAUUCCCUAUUACACAUACUAUUAAAGAUAAAAUAGAAAACCCAAAUAUGCACAAAGGAGAAAGUAUAAAUCACCUUCCUGCUACUCAGAAAUGAAAAUCUUGGCUGGUUAUGGUGGCUCACACCUAUAAUCCCAGCACUUUGGGAGGCCAAGGCAGGAGGAUUGCUUGAGGUCAGGAGU